UAUAGGUGACAGGUCGAUAACGUUGGCCUUAAUUAUGCAACUUUUAUGUUGAUAAUUUGCACCUGUUGUGACGAUACAUAUAAUAACAUUUUCAGAUCAGAUCGAAAGCGAGAGAAAAGAGAAACAUGGAUAUUAUUGUGUUGUUUAUUGUUCUACUGGCUGUACCGAAAGCAGAUGGGAAAUGCCAACCGUUGUUAAUGUGUCCGUCGUUUUGCAUGACUGUUAAAGAUGGAUGCUAUGCAUGUGAUUGUGGAAGUUUCAACAGUUUCAUGCAGCAUGCAACGCUCAACAUGGAUCAAAUAGAAAAGGGUCAAGGGUCACAGACCGGGACUCAGCUAAGCACAUACACUUCCGGCUAUUCCGGCACGGACAUGGGGUUGGGUAGACUGCUUUCUCCUCAGACGGGAGUUGAGAGCAUGAUAAGGCCUGGCGUAGGAUCUUCAGGAAACGUACAAUCCCUUGGUCUUAACAAACUGCCGUUUGCGGCACCGGAUGUGCAACAACAGAAUUCCGCGAUGAUCAAUUCAGGAUAUAAUGGGAUGUCGCCGCAAAUGGCACCUAUGCCAGGGAUGAAUUGUCCUCCGAUGGGGAACCUUUGCCCUUCUUCAUGUUGGUCAACUGAUGUCUUAACAGGAUGCAUCAAGUGUUCGUGUGAAAUGAACGUUGCCAAUUCCAUAAAACCAAAGUCAACAACAUCCCCUGUGACAGCACAAAAUAACAGCAACUCAGAAUCAACACACGCAGUGCUCAGGCCUACGCUUCAAGUACCAACCCGCCCGCCAGCAUCAAAGAAUAACAUGUCAAUCGAACCAACAACAUCAACAGUUCAUCCUUCCCUCAAAGGUACCUUUUCAACAAAACAAGUCAAUCAGCAGAUCCCAUUUGCACAAACCAUUUAUCCAACUUUGAAGCAACCGUUCGAUAAUCUGUCGACACAAACAGCAAAUGCACAAAAACAACAGACGCCAGUAUCUCCAACCAGGAAAUGGCACCACUUUAGCACAGCGCUGAUUCCAUUUUCUACAAAAGAACCAUUCGAAACGAAUGAGGUUCUCGAAAAGCCGUUUACCCCUAACAGCUCAUUAAUAAUCAAAACCUACCCAAUGACAGGACCAACGAACACAAUCCUGUUGAGUGAAGCUGAUACUAUGAUCACUGCGUUUCCACCAAGCCCUGUCCACAGGUUGACCUCAAAUAGUGCUACAACAACCACAGCUCUAAGCAGGGCUCAUCCCUCAAGGCCUACAGACACGAUUCUGUUCCGUGAAGCUGACAGUACGAAAACCUCUUCGGUUUCACUAAUCCCUUCACAACGUUCGUCGCCACAUAGUUUUCCAACAACAACAAUUCUAAGCAAUACCGAUCCAUUGGUAGCUGCCAUUCCUUUAGACACCCUCGGAAACACAGACCACAACAAUAAUAAGAAUGCCAUUAACCAUUCUGGAAUGGGUUUUUACAACAACAGUAACUCUGGAAAGGGCUAGUAUGAAUUCCUUACGUGGGAUUACUGUAGAACAGUUUUGAAUAAAUCCUGAAGGAAAUGCAUCUGCACGAAUUUUAUUUCGGAUAUUUUUGAAGAGGUGCACGAGUUUUCUUAACAUGUACACGUAAUGUUAUAAAUGCGAUACAGUUCACAAUAUUCCGUUCUCAAUAAAUGUAUUCAUGUA